AUGAAGAUUAAAAUUUUAUGGUGGAAUGUCAGAAGGUUGAACGAGGCAGAAAAAAGGAGGCUAGUGAAGUCACUGAUAAAAAAGUGGAAUACUGAUAUUGUUUGUUUGAGCGAGACAAAACUAAAGCAGUGUAAUUGUUCCUUGAUGAGGCAGUCUGGGGGAAGUAGAUGGACAGACUGGUUAGAGCUUAAAGCAACAGGGAAUAGUGGUGGAAUCUUACUUAUAUGGGAUAAAAGGAGAUGGAGUUGUAAUGAAAAGUUGGUGGGGGAGUAUUCAGCAAGUGUUUUUUUGGAAGAUAAAAAUUCUGAUUUUAAAUUUUCUUUCUCUGGGGUAUAUGGGCCUUGUGAUAGAAAGAGGAGUAAAGAAUUAUGGAAAGAACUUGGGGCCGCUGCACGUUUAGAAGAUUGGCCUUGGGUAGUUGGAGGCGAUUUUAAUAUCACAAGGUUUGAGGAUGAAAGAACUGGAAGGGCAAAAUAUACUAGGGCUAUGAGAGAUUUCUCAAGGUUCAUUGAUGAUAUGGGGCUAAUUGAUCUUCCUUUACAUGGUGGGCAGUACAUGUGGAAUUCGUAUGAUUUUCAAGGAAGACCAGAUGUGGUUCUAGCAAAAAAGCUUAGAAAGUUGAAAGAAGAUUUAAAGAAGUGGAACAAAGACACUUUUGGGCACCUGGGAACAAGAAAAGACCAGAUCUUGCAUCAAUUGGAGAUAGAGCAGCAAAAUGAUAAUCAUGAUAGUAACACUGAGGAAGAAGAAUCUGUUAGAAAUGCAUUAACAAACGAGUUGCAUCACAUAGCUAAGAAAAAGAGAGCUGGAGACCUUCAUGGAAUUGUUCAGAACUUGCUAGCAUCAGUGACCAAGAGAAAGAGUGGUUGGAGAGACCUUUAG